AUGUUCUUGCCGGAGUCGAAACCGGCAAGAGAAUUUGCAGUGGCUUUCUACAAAUGGCUUCCUGAGGAUGGAAAGUUGCAGGCAAAUCCGAUCCGGUUGAUGCCAGGUGGCUUGGAAAAGAUAAUGGAUGAUGGCUUGAGACUGUUAGGAUCUGGUAAAAUGGAAGAUCGAGAUUUCAAUAGGACCGAGAAGUGGAUGAAGCCUGUCAGCGCUGAAAGCUAG